AUGCUCUUCAGCGACGACCUGCCGCAGCAGCAGGUCCUCCAAUCGUCCGGCUCCUUUACCGGAUACCGCCCGCAACUCCAACAGCUCGGCCACCACUACCUCAGCGCCUCGGAAGACUUCAAGCAGCCACUAUGCGGUAACGAGGAGGGCUGGGGUCCAUUGAGCCCCUUCCGAUAUGAUUUCACGCCCUGCUUCAUUGACGUAUGGGUCGCUGCGGUCGCCGUCUUUGGUAUUGUCUUUGGAGCCUUGGCUCUGUGGUAUGUCUUGAGGAAAUCAAAGGCCGCCGACGUGGCCAAGGAUUGGCACUUUUGGACCAAACAAUCACUUCUAGGUCUCGUCAUUGCAGAUAUCGUCGUCCAGUUCGCCUUUCAAAUAGUCAGCCUUCCCAACGUUUGGUACGGAGACUUUCGAGUCCUGACGACCGUCCUCACCUUUGUCUCCCUAUGGAUGGUAUUUGCGAUCCAGUGGUCUGAGCACGCUCGGUCACGCUACGCUAAUGGCGUCGUGCUCUUUUACUGGCUUUUCCUGCUCCUGGUCUUUGCAGUGAAGCUGCGUUCCCUGGUCUCGCAGCAAAUCUACGACACGAGCCUGCCAUACUUUGUGGCUUACACCGUCGGAGUGGGACUCUCUGCUGUCGCAUUCGUGUUUGAAUGGUUUUGGCCAAAGACGGCAAGUGCAUAUGAGGCAUUGGUCGAUGAUGAUGGAGCCGAGUGUCCGGCCGAGUAUGCUACGGUCUUUUCCAGGCUCACCUUUUCGUGGAUGACACCUAUGAUGAAGUUUGGCUACAAAAACUAUCUGACCGAGGAAGAUCUUUGGGGCCUGGCACCAAGUGACAAGACAUCUACCACUGGUAGCCAAUUCGACAAUGCUUGGAAGUACGAGCUUGAGCAUCGAAAGCACCCAUCCCUGUGGUUGGCGCUGUUCAAGGCGUACGGAGGGCCAUACAUGCUUGCCACUGUUUUCAAGAUAUUCAACGAUCUAUCAGCUUUCGCUCAACCCCAACUGCUUCGUCUCCUGAUUGCCUUUGUGGCUUCAUACUACUACAAGGACCAGGAACCGCAGCCUCCGAUCAGGGGUGCGGCUAUCGCGCUCGGCAUGUUUUUCGUUGCUUGCUUGCAGACAAGCAUGAUUCACCAAUAUUUCCAGCUCAGUUUCGUAACUGGUAUGCGCAUCAAAGCUGGGCUGUCAGCCGCCAUCUACAAAAAGGCUCUGAAACUGUCUCCCGAGGGAAGGGCCACCAAGACUACUGGUGACAUUGUCAACUACAUGGCCGUUGACGCCCAGCGUCUCCAGGAUUUGACCCAGUUUGCUCAGCAGGUUUGGUCUGCGCCAUUUCAGAUCAUCAUUUGCAUGGUGUCCCUGUAUCAAUUGGUCGGAUGGUCAAUGCUCGCGGGUAUUGGUGUCAUGAUUAUCAUGAUUCCCAUCAAUGGCUUCAUUGCUAGAUUUAUGAAGCGUCUGCAAAAGACCCAAAUGGAAAACAAGGAUGCUCGAAGCCGAUUGAUUGCUGAAAUCAUCAACAAUAUGAAGAGCAUCAAGCUUUAUGCAUGGAGUACCGCUUUCAUGAACAAGCUCAACCACGUCAGAAAUGACAGGGAGCUCCACAAUCUGCGCAAGAUUGGUGCUGGUCAAGCGGUUGCCAACUUUACAUGGUCUACUACACCAUUUUUGGUCUCAUGCUCGACAUUUGCCGUCUUCGUCCUGACUCAGGACCGGCCACUGUCGACCGAGAUUGUGUUCCCAGCCUUGGCCUUGUUCAACAUGCUCACGUUCCCACUGGCAGUCCUUCCCAUGGUUAUCACAUCAAUCAUUGAAGCAACCGUGGCUGUUGGUCGUCUCACGGCGUAUUUUGAGGCUGAAGAAGUGCAACCAGACGCAGUGGAGAUCGAGGCCGCCGCCGAGGAACGUGGUGAAGAGACAGUCAUCAUUCGCGAUGGCCAUUUCUCUUGGGACAGACAUGGAUCCAAGAAUGUUCUCAGAGAAAUCCACUUUGUCGCGCACAAGGGCGAGCUUACAUGCGUCGUUGGACGAGUAGGCUCUGGAAAAUCAUCUUUGCUUCAGGCUGUCUUGGGUGACUUGUGGAAGGAGAAGGGCGACGUGAGGGUCAGAGGCAAUGUUGCCUAUGUUGCUCAACAGCCUUGGAUCAUGAACGCCACAGUCAAGGAGAACGUCAUCUUCGGUCACCGUUAUGAUUCCAACUUUUACGAGAAAACUGUCAAGGCUUGCGCUCUGCUCGAUGAUUUCACCCAACUGCCCGAUGGUGACGAAACGGUCGUGGGAGAAAGGGGUAUCUCCCUCAGCGGCGGUCAAAAAGCACGUGUUGCACUUGCGCGCGCUGUCUACGCUCGUGCAGAUAUCUAUCUGCUCGACGAUGUUUUAUCUGCUGUGGAUUCCCAUGUUGGAAGGCACCUUAUUGACAAUGUUCUUGGCUCCAGGGGUCUCCUCGGUUCCAAGUGCCGAAUCCUUGCGACAAAUGCAAUCUCUGUCCUAUCCUCGGCGGAUUAUGUCUAUCAGCUGAAAGACGGCGAGAUUCAUGAAAAGGGAACCUUCCCGCAACUAAUGGCAAUGCGAGGAGGCAUUUCCGAGCUCGUCAAAUCAACUGGGCAAGACUCUGGUCCAGCGUCCGAGGCACAAAGUCCAGAAGGUUCCUCCAGCGAAGCAUCUUCUACGUACAUGGAACCCGACGUGAUUGACAAGGAAGAAAUGGAAGAGGCCCAAGAAGGUGUAUCGGAGUUGGCUCCCAUAAAGACUGGAGGUUCCUCGCGUACGCAGAAGCGAACUGGCAGCAUGUCAACGUUGCGACGCGCAAGUGCAGCUAGCUUCAAGGGCCCUCGUGGCAAGCUUUCGGACGAGGAAGAUCCUAGUAGCAAGACCAGACAGACCAAGGAGCACUCGGAACAAGGCAAAGUCAAGUGGGACGUCUAUCUGGAGUAUGCAAGGACAAGUAAUAUCGUUGCCGUUGUCAUUUACUUGCUCACUCUGGUGGCCGCGCAGACUGCCCAGAUUGGCGGUAGCGUGUGGUUGAAGAACUGGGCAGAAAUGAACAGUGACGCUGGCGGUAACCCUUACGUCGGAAAAUACUUGGGCAUCUACUUUGCAUUUGGAGUCGGCUCAUCGGGCCUUACUGUUAUACAGACUCUGAUUCUCUGGAUCUUUUGCUCCAUUGAAGCCUCUAGAAAGCUCCACGAAAGAAUGGCGACGGCCAUCUUUAGGUCGCCCAUGUCCUUCUUUGACACGACACCAGCCGGCCGAAUUCUCAACAGGUUCUCCAGCGACAUUUACCGCCUAGACGAGGUUCUGGCCCGGACUUUCAACAUGCUCUUUGUCAACUUGGCCCGAUCUGGCUUCACCCUGGUGGUAGUCUCCGUCACCGUACCGGCCUUUAUCGCAUUGAUUAUUCCUUUGAGCGCCAUGUACUACUGGAUCCAGCGAUACUACCUCAGAUCGUCACGCGAGCUCAAGCGACUAGAUAGCGUCAGUCGAAGUCCCAUUUAUGCCCAUUUCCAAGAAUCACUUGGUGGCAUCAGCACUAUACGGGCAUACCGACAGCAGAACAGAUUUGAGCUUGAAAAUGAAUGGCGUGUAGAUACAAAUCUGCGGGCUUACUAUCCAUCCAUCAGUGCCAACCGAUGGUUGGCCAUCCGCCUAGAGUUCAUUGGAGCCGUCAUCAUCCUCGCCGCUGCAGGACUCUCCGUCAUCUCGGUGGUUAACCAUAGCGGUCUGGGUCCUGGUUGGGUCGGUCUAGCCAUGUCGUAUGUUCUGCAAAUAACCACGUCACUCAACUGGAUCGUACGUCAGACGGUUGAGGUGGAGACAAACAUUGUAUCGGUGGAACGCGUGCUCGAGUAUGCCCGCCUCCCAAGUGAGGCUCCCGAGGUUAUCCACCGCCACCGACCUCCUGUUGCAUGGCCGGCAAACGGAGCUGUGCAAUUCCAAAACUACAGCACCCGCUACCGAGCAGGCCUGGAUCUAGUGCUGAAGAACAUUAACCUGGACAUCAAGUCCCACGAGAAAAUCGGCGUUGUGGGCAGGACGGGUGCAGGCAAAUCCUCGCUCACGCUUGCACUCUUUCGUAUUAUCGAGGCGGACACUGGUAACAUUAGCAUCGACGAAUUGAACACAUCUACAAUUGGUCUACUAGAUCUCCGAAGGCGACUCGCCAUUAUCCCACAGGAUGCCGCUCUUUUCGAAGGGACGGUUCGGGACAAUCUAGACCCUGGUCAUGUACACGACGACACGGAGCUUUGGAGCGUUCUCGAUCACGCACGUCUCAAGGAACAUGUGGCUAGCAUGGAGGGAGGGCUCGAGGCUAAAGUCCAUGAAGGAGGCUCGAAUCUUUCGCAAGGACAACGACAACUUAUCUCCUUGGCACGCGCCAUGCUCACGCCCUCCAAUAUUCUUGUCCUGGACGAGGCAACUGCUGCUGUGGAUGUGGAAACCGAUGCUGCGCUACAAGCAACACUGCGCAGCCCCCUGUUUGCCCACAGAACCAUCAUCACCGUCGCUCACCGCAUCAACACCAUCCUGGAUUCGGACCGCGUUGUCGUGCUUGACAAGGGUGAGGUGGUAGAGUUUGAUUCGCCUCAAGAACUGAUCAAGAAGAGGGGCAUCUUCUACGGACUGGUCAAGCAAGCAGGUCUCGACACGUCUUAG